AUGUUUCUCUUCUUCAUUACCCUAGUAGCAAUUUUUGUGAAAUGUGAGGAGUGCGGGUGAGAUGAAUAUCACCUUUUCUUUAAAUGGUUCAUUUUCGAGAUCUCGGAUUGGAAUUUGCCCAUUUGUAACCAAUUUCACUAAAACUGCCGUAAUACAGCGCAAUGCGGACCCGGUGAACUCAUCGCUGUGUGAUGCAACUAACAUGACUGCAAGUUAAAAAAAAUUACACGUUUAGCUAUACAAUAUGGAUUUUCUUUCAAUAAAGUUGAAGUUUUCUUUGCAGCUGUGGACGAAUUGUCUCUUUUCGGAGUAUUCGUGUUUUCAAGUCCAGGUUAAAGAUGAGAGAAUUUUCGGAUGUAUUCCCGAUCAAGAACUCGUGCCUGUUGUAUUGAAAGUUUGUAGAAUUCCUCUAUUCUUGGUUUUUUUCAAUUAUGACUUAAUACGAGUGAAUAAAAAAACACUCCCCGUUUUCUACACACAAUUCAGAAGCAAAAUUUAGCUCUUGGUUUAUUUUCGCUUAGAAAGCGAUAAAAAAUGCAAAGCAAAGAUCAGAAGUAAAAUAUUACAGUACAAAAACCAGUGGGGAAACACGAGUGCAAUAGCCGUCAUACGACAAAAUUUCGUCAAAUUUUCUAGGUAGGUCGAAAAUUGAAAUAGAAAGUUCACAAGUUAGUUAAAAUUUGAUCAUGAUGAAUUGUGAGUAGACUUGUAAAACUUCCUCAGCUUUAAGCUUGUGUUAAGGCCGGCCUGUCAGCUUAUAAACCUUCUGUUUAUCUUUUCAUUGGAAAUUCACCAGAAACGAAAAAAUUACCAAGUAAAAACAAACUUUUCGGUGAACAUGUUAGGUUCGGAUAAAAAUCAACUUCCGACAGAUUACUCACCUAAAAAGAUAUCAUCUGUACAGGAGUUGCUCAUCGAUAAACACCUGUGCAGAUUCGACAGUGCAUUUGGCAAGCGGCGCAAGCAUCGUGGCCCGAGUCUGUUGUUGCAAGGGCGCCAGUUGCUCGGACAUCACCAAGCUCGACUGGUCAAGUUGGUGCUCGCACAUUUACCCAACAUUAUGAACUGUUCCGCUCUCGAGCCGCGAGCGAUAUCGCUGCAAACGUCUUGCGCGACCUUCAAAAAAAUUUCCUUCAAAACUUCUUUUUUUUUUCUCUUUCAAUAUUUCAUCAUGAAAAUUCAUUUAAAAAUCCUAGAAAUUGAAACUCAAAAUCAUCUCUGACACUAAAACAUUCAAUCAUAUUUUUCACUCUAAGACGGCUGUUUUCAAUUCCGGAAAAAGUCUUAGAAGAGCAUAUUAUCAAAAUUUACUGAAGUAAAUUUUAGCACAAAAUCUGAAACGGACGUCGAAAAAAGAGGUCGAAGCUGAGGCAUUCAAGUUCGAGCUGACCCCGCUGCAGUACUGGACGUUGAGUACCUCUUACGCAACAGUCUCUUUCAUUCUGUUGUUGUUCGUCGCACUGAAGCAGUACGGCAAGAUCCAAACUCGUCUCGUCAUGGCAUAUCACGUUGACUGCUCGUUUGUUUUGCUUUGCUUUUAUACUUAAAAGGUUAGUUUAGAAGAACGUCAGAGCGGUCCCUAUAGAUAGGGGUGAGAGGAAAAAACCUUCAUAGGAGACGAAAAAGAGUUCCCAACAUGGGUUAAAUUUAGGUAGUUCCUGUAUGGGUUUAGGGUCUGACCCCGUAGCCGCUGAAGCUUAAGUGGUCCUUAUAGAGGCCUUUUGAUUUUUGUUCAGAUUUGAAAAUUGAACUUUUUUUAAAUGAAACUUGAUAAAUUAAUCCUUUUUUCAAAUGACGCUAAUUUAUUGACUUUUCCGCUUGAAAUGCUUCUUCUCAUUGAUUUCAUAAGAAUAAACGACUAGCGUGUCCUCUAGAGGGUAACCUUCAAGACCUGCUGAGGUUAUGCCUACAAGGACCACUCUGGAAAGCUCCUAAUGGAGCCACAAAAGAAAAGUAUUGAUGAAAACGGACAUAUUAGGCUUAAAAAUUUUCUCGGUGCCUCAGCGGGUGUAGCAGAUAUAUCUCUUUUUUUUCAAUUAUCUUGAUCUAGGUCUAUAAACCAACAAAGUUUGAACUUGAUCAGCGUUUUAGAGUCCGCAUAGAUUCCUAGUCAAGUUUCCUUUGAGUUCACUACUCACUUUUAUUUUGUUUAUAGACCGGAUACUGAAUCUUCCAUGUCUUCUAUACAAAAAUGA